UCUACGAACGUGAAAAAUUGUAAUUUCAAGCAAGAUCUGUUUAAUAUUAUUUGAGUGAUUUGUAUCGAAAGAGGCGAUAUCGUAUAUUUUUUUGUUUUUAUUGAAAAUUUUCCGGAAAAUAACGUUAAGAUAAGACAAGCGUAGUAGAACCAAUUACAGAACUGCAGCGUACAAUACGCACGCGGUGUCUAAAAAUGGCGAAAGUGUUUCGCGCGGUGACAGUAUCGACUUUGUCAAACAAUGGACAGUCAACAGCAAAAUUUAAUAAGCCGGUCACGCUUAAUAUCAAUUAUGAUCCACAAGGUCUUAGCAUUGAAUUCCUUGCAGGAGACAUAAUCGGUAGAGAUAAAACAACAUUAUUAGAAUUCCCAGUAACUCCUAGUACAGAAUGUUCUAGAGUUUCAUCUAGAAGUUAUGUAUUCACAUUUGAUACAGAUAGUUUACUUAUAACAUUUGCUAAUGAAACAGAUUUUAGAAAUUUUCAUUCACAAAUAUUGAAACUAAAAAAUGGCAAGGGUAUUUCUGCAUUUAAUGAAAGGACGGAAGAAUCUUCAGCUAUGCAAUAUUUUCAAUUUUAUGGUUAUCUAUCCCAGCAACAAAAUAUGAUGCAAGAUUAUAUUAGAACUAGUACCUACCAGCGAGCAAUUCUAGGAAAUCUCUCUGACUUUAAAGAUAAAGUUGUAUUAGAUGUAGGUGCAGGUUCUGGAAUAUUAUCAUUCUUUGCAGUUCAAGCUGGUGCAAAGAAAGUAUAUGCAGUGGAAGCAAGUAAUAUGGCAAAUCAUGCAGAACUAUUAGUUGCUGCAAAUAAUUUAUCAGAUAAGAUUAUUGUUAUAGCUGGUAAAAUAGAAGAAAUUGAUUUACCAGAAAGAGUAGAUUGCAUAGUGAGUGAACCAAUGGGUUAUAUGUUGUACAAUGAAAGAAUGCUUGAAACAUAUCUUCAUGCUAAAAAGUGGUUAGUUCCAGGUGGAAGAAUGUUUCCCUCUCGAGGAGAUCUUCACAUCGCACCGUUUUCCGAUGAAAAUCUUUAUAUGGAGCAAUUUAAUAAAGCUAAUUUUUGGUACCAAACAUGUUUUCAUGGUGUAGAUCUUUCAGCAAUGCGAAAUAAUGCGAUGAAAGAAUACUUUAGACAGCCAAUUGUUGAUACCUUUGAUAUAAGAAUUUGUAUGGCUAAAUCUAUCAGACAUAUUGUAGAUUUUCAAACUGCUAAUGAGACUGAUUUACAUAAAAUAGAAAUCGAUGUUGAUUUUCAUAUAUUGGAAAGUGGUACUUGUCAUGGUCUUGCAUUUUGGUUUGAUGUUGCAUUUAUUGGAUCAACACAACAGGUUUGGUUAAGUACAGCUCCAACAGAACCUCUUACCCAUUGGUAUCAAGUUCGUUGUCUUCUGGAAAAUCCUUUGUUUUGUAAAAGUGGUCAGCUAUUAUCUGGAAAAGUUAUUCUUAUUGCGAAUAAGAGACAAUCAUACGAUGUAACAAUAGAAUUAAAACUGGAAGGAACAAAUAUGGAAAGCAGUAGUAAUACUUUGGAUUUGAAAAAUCCGUACUUUAGAUACACAGGUGCAGCAGCGCAACCUCCACCUGGUUUAAAUAAUACCUCACCUAGCGAGUCUUAUUGGACAACCUUAGAUGCACAAGGUGCCAGACAAGCAGUAAAUAUGGUGAAUGGAAUGUCUGUGAAUGGUUUAGGAGAAGUUUCUAUGGACGCUACCGCGACAGUGAAUCCCAGUAAUUUACUUGCAAUAGGAGGCCAGCCAAAUAUUCAUCCAGGUUCGAUUUCAAGUACAGGUAGGGGUCGAGUAGGAGGUACAGCAACAAGUACACAAGCAGCACAAUUAAUAGGUGGUGGAAUUACACCAAAUAUGUUUACAUCUCCCGCUACGCUUGGUGUUACUUUCCAGCAAUCGCUGGUCCUUGGCAAUACUUCACAUUAUCCAGUGAAUCCCAGCUUGAUGAUUGGAGAUUACGUGACACCUGGUAAUGGCAUAUCAUCUCAAACGUAUCGACAAUGAUCAAUGGUGAAAUCAUUUUGUACUGAAUAUUCCCAUACGGCAAAACAAUUAAGUGACCGCCAUAGUACGAGCAGUAGCGAGGAUAUCAGCAACAAUAAUAAACAGAGCCGCAAGUUGGUGUUUAGUUCUCCAGCAAGUAAAUUACGACUCUCAUCUGCUGUUCGUAUCUUAAAUGCAGUUAAUUUGGCCAAUCUUAAUACGAAUAUUGGUCACGUUAAUGGCAAUAGCAAUAACAACUUCGCUUACUUUAAUAAAGUUAUUAUUGGUUCUGGGUUUGGAUUUGGAUGGAGCGCUAGAAGAAAUAAAUCACAAUGGGAAGCACGUUGGAGGAGAGUGCGAACCGUCCUCUCGUAGUUUUCAUUGAUUUUCGAUUAGCCUUUAUUCAAUUGAAGUCCCUUGAAGAUUUGAUCUUCCAAAUUGAGAAGUGCAUGCUUGCCAAAUGUACCCGAGAAAAUAAUAUUUUUUAAUGACAAUACAGUUUACUAAUGCGUAAUAUACGCAACAACUAUUUUACGGAGUCCUGAUACAAUAUCGUUUGUAUAUCAAAAUCAGAUUAACGAAAGCAACCGGAAGUAACUGCAGUUGCAAUAUUUUCUUCUUUUUGGUUCAAUAUAUAUCUUUUGAAAAGUUUCAAAGCUACAAUGCAUAGGCUUGAUUGAACUUUGAUCAUAAGUAAUUUUUACACAAUAUGUAGGUAUACAUAGCGUAAUGACGUUCCGAAUAUUUCGAAAAGUGCAAAAAGCAAUAAUUCGUUAGAGAUACGAUAUGGAGCACUCUGUGGCAUUGCCUGUUAUUGAUAUAUUAGUUUUUUUAAAAUAAUUACAUAUAAAAACUACGUCCUUAUAAUUUUCAUCUAUUUAAAGCAUAAAAAAAAAAAAAUAAAUUC